AUGUCUCCUCUCGGGUCCGCCUUUGGCGAGCCGCUCCUCCCGCGCGCGCCACCGCCAGGCGAUUGCUCGCGACGGCUCCGCCAGGCCGCCAUCCUGGCCUUCGGCACCCUCUCAACCGUGCAGCUUGGGCUGGGUGUCGGCUCAUUAAACAACCUCUGCUCGGACGCCUCCUCGUCGCUGCCUUGGUGUCCCGUCCUGGUGGCGGCGUUUGGCCUGGGCGGGCUGCUCGGUUCGGUGUUGAGUGCCCGCUGCGAUCGUCUCGCGCGCAAGGCGGUCCUCCUCCUCAGCCGCCUCCUCCUCCUGGCCUCAUCGCUCCUGCUCGCCGGCGGCUUCUUCACCUCUGGCCUUCCGAGCGGCCUCCUCUUGCUCACCGGCCGAGGCCUGCUCGGAGCGGCUUCCGGCAUCGCCACCGCCGUGACGCCGCUCCACCUCGCGGAGGUCAGCCCGGCGGAGAUUCGCAGCGUGGCCAGCGCGGCGCAAUCAGCUGGCGUCGCUAUCGGAAUCCUCCUGGCGCAGCUCGCGACGCUCGGCGGGCGAGAGGGUGGCGUCUACCUUCUUCCGGCGCUGUGCGCGGCGCUGGAACUGACGGUGCUGCCGCUCCUGCCCGAGUCGCCAACCCACGUCCUGCGUCGCUCCGGCUCGGCCGCGGCCCUCUCCCACCUGAUGACGCACCUGCACCUCUCCCACGCGGGCGCGGCCGCCCACACGGAGGCCCUGCGCUCCGAGUUGGCCGAGCAGUCGGGGGAGGGGCCCUUCUCGCCGCGGGAGCUCCUCUCCGCGCGCAGCUUGCGCAGGGAGCUGCUUCUCGCCGCCGCUGCUUGCACUUCCCUCUUCUACUAA